AAUUCUUUGGGUGAAUACUACGCAUAUAAUUCUAGUUAUCAUCGUUUAUCACUAAUAAGUACAGCGUAGAUCUUCUUUUAAAUGGUUUCUCGACCAUCGGACUUGCAAUAUAUUGCACACUUAAGUAUUUUACUACGUAUAUUAAUGGCAGUAAAUUGAAAGAGCUUAUGGAACAAGUGCGGCAUGAUUGGAAUUCUCUAAAAGAGGAAGAGGAACUUAAAAUAAUACACAAUCGCGCUAAUGUCGGAAGAUCCUGUAUAAUCGCUUUGUUAAUAUGGCUGUACUCAACGUUCUUUCUCAUUGUUUUAAUACUUAUUUCACCAAAUAUUCUUAAUAUCGUGAUGCCAUUAAACGAAUCGCGACAAUCGUGGCAGCUUCCUACCACAAUGGAAUUUUUUAUCGAUCGGGAGAAAUACAUCGAAUUAUUAACAUUGUAUUUGUUCGUGACAGCUUUUAUCGGUCUUAGCACGAUGAUAAGCAAAGAAAUGUUCUUGCUAAUGUAUGUGCAACACACAUGUGCGAUGUUUCAAAUCACUAGUUAUCGAAUCGAACGUACUGUAAACAAAAACCAUACGAAAUCGUUACUCUCUGCAGAAAAAUUCAAUAGUCAUAAAAGCAUCGUGGAGGCUAUCGAUAGUCAUCAAAACGUUAUCAAGUUCGUCGAUUCCCUCAAAUCCACUUUCUCAGUUACUCAUUUAUUUGCGAUUUCUAUCGGCGUUGCAUCGUUAAGCAUCAACCUAUAUCUUUUUUGCGAGAGCAUCAUGGCGAAAGAUAUUGGCAGUAUGAGCAUGUUGUUCUUAUACGUUUCCACUCAUUUUGGCUACAUGUUUUUUUUUAACUACAUUGGUCAGUUAGUAAUAGAUCAUAGCGACGAUAUAUUUAAGAAAAUAUGCAACACUCGAUGGUACGCGGCUCCAUUGAACACGCAAAAAUGUCUCAUGAUGAUAACGCACCGAAGUAUGAAGACUUCCACAUUGAUGGUUUGCCUUGGCCUGUUCUUGCCGUCUUUGGAAGGUUUCACUACGCUCGUCAGCUCGUCGUUAUCAUACUUUAUGGUAAUUUAUUCUGUGCGCCGAUAGCAAUCACAGGAUGUAAGUAGUAAUAAUCCACCAUUGUGAUUGAUAAACACUUUUACGAAGGAAAAUAAUGUUAGAUAAGAAGUAACAUCUCUAAACUGUCAGGAAAUUGGAAUCUAUUGUAUAUCCGUUUAUACUCAAACAUCCUGAUAUUAAACUAAAUGCGAGCUAAUAUAUUUCUCUAAAUAAUUAAAAUAAAUUCUCAAUGUUGAAUAAUCUAUACGACUUGAUUU